AUGAUUCGGACGUCUCGCCGGAGUUUUUCCUCCAACAGAACGAUCUUCCUUUCGGCUCUCGUUUUGGUUACAUUAACAGCCUCGAUUUUGAGCUUCAUUGAUUCCGGCGAACGCUUUCUCUACAACUCCAUCUCCUGGGAGACAAAAAUUCGUUCCUCUGCUCACAUCCGUCGUCCUAACGGAAUAUCCGUACUUGUCACCGGAGCAGCCGGUUUCAUCGGCACACACGUAUCCCUUGCUUUGAAAUCCCGUGGCGACGGCGUCCUUGGCCUUGACAACUUCGAUAAUUACUACGCCCCAUCGUUGAAGAAAACCCGGCGGGCGUUGCUAGACAUUCACGGCGUGUUCAUCGUCGACGGCGAUAUCAACGACCGCCGCCUCUUAGCCGUCCUCUUUGACACCAUAGCUUUUACCCACGUCAUGCACCUUGCUGCUCAGGUCGGCGUUCAAUACGCCGUCGAGAAUCCAUACGCUUAUGUUCACAGCAACGUCGCCAGUCUUGUCACGCUUCUGGAACGAUGCAAGUCCGCCGAUCCUCAGCCCGCCAUUGUUUGGGCAAGCUCCGGUUCAGUUUAUGGUGUAAACAUAAACAAUAAAGUACCCUUUUCAGAAUCGGACCGGGUCGAUCGACCCGUUUCAAUUUAUGCAUCUACCAAAAGAACCGGAGAAGAAAUCACCCUAACAUACAACCGGGUUUAUGGGUUGUCAAUAACCGGGUUAAGAUUUUUCACUGUUUAUGGCCCAUGGGGAAGGCCCGAUAUGGCUUAUUUUUCGUUUAUUCGAAAUAUUUUACUGGGUAAACCGAUAACAGUAUAUCGGGCCAAGAACCAUACUGACUUGGCCCGAGACUUUAUUUACAUUGAUGAUGUGGUGAAAGGAUGUGUUGCGUCAUUGGAUACCUCGGGUAGGUCGGUCGGGUCGGGUAGGUCGAAAAACAGAACUGCUCCUUAUCGGAUUUUUAAUUUGGGCAAUGCGUCUCCGGUGACUGUACCUACUUUAGUGAGUAUACUUGAGGAAAAUUUAAGGAUGAAGGCAACGACAAAUGUGGUGGAAAUGUCUGAAAAUGGCGAUGAUUUAUUUGCGCAAGCGAAUAUUAGUUUAGCUGAGAAGGAACUCGGGUAUAAACCGACAACUGAUUUGGAAACCGGGUUGAAGGAGUUUGUGAAAUGGUAUUUGUGGUAUUAUGGCAAACCGUUCGUCCAAAACCGCAACGUUUGA